CCUACUUAUCUCUCCCGCCUCCAUUUCAACUUCCCCUCCCAAAACUUCUCCGGCCUCCCAAAAACCCCAAUCCGACCCGAUGGAGAAUUCGACCCUCGAAUCCCACCUCGGUCCCGAAAACUCCGUCACCUACGACUCCCCCUACCCUCUCUACGCCAUGGCAUUCUCCCCCGCCGCCCGCGCCCGCCACCACCACCCCAAAAUCGCCGUCGGCAGCUUCAUCGAGGAGUUCUCCAACCGGGUCGACAUUCUCUCCUUCGACCCGGACACCCUAACCCUAAAACCCAAUCCUUCUCUCUCCUUUGACCACCCCUACCCUCCCACCAAGCUCAUGUUCCACCCAAACCCCAACACCCUCCACAAGUCCCACGACAUCCUCGCCUCCUCCGGCGACUACCUCCGCCUCUGGGAGGUCAAAGAUUCCUCCGUUGACCGCCUCGAGCCAAUUUCGGUUCUCAACAACUCCAAAACCUCCGAGUUCUGCGCGCCGCUGACGUCAUUCGACUGGAACGAGAUCGAGCCGCGGCGGAUCGGGACCUCCAGCAUCGACACGACGUGCACGAUCUGGGACAUCGAGAAAGGCGUCGUCGAGACGCAGCUGAUCGCGCACGACAAGGAGGUCUACGACAUCGCGUGGGGCGAGGCUAGGGUUUUCGCGUCGGUCUCCGCCGACGGAUCGGUGAGAAUAUUUGAUCUGAGAGAUAAAGAACACUCGACGAUCAUAUACGAGAGUCCUCAGCCGGACACGCCGCUGCUCCGAUUGGCGUGGAACAAGCAGGACUUGAGGUACAUGGCGACGAUUUUGAUGGAUAGUAACAAGGUUGUGAUACUGGAUAUUCGGUCGCCGACGAUGCCGGUGGCGGAGCUGGAGAGGCACAGAGGGAGUGUGAAUGCGAUUGCGUGGGCGCCGCAGAGCGCCAGGCAUAUUUGCUCGGGUGGGGAUGACUCGCAGGCGCUGAUUUGGGAGCUGCCGACGGUGGCGGGGCCGAAUGGGAUUGAUCCUAUGUCGAUGUACUCGGCUGGCGCCGAGAUUAAUCAGCUGCAGUGGUCUGCUGGGCAGCCGGAUUGGAUUGCCAUUGCGUUUUCGAACAAGAUGCAGCUCUUGAAGGUUUGAGGAAUGGGUACUGAUGUGUAGCUGGAAGUAGUUUGAUCUUCCGUUACUUGGUGAGGGAUGUUUGAACUUUUGUAACUCUAAUUGUUGUAAAUACAGUAUCUCUCCUUCCUUUCCUACCUUUUAUCUUUUCUAUAGAUCCAAUGGUGUUUGUAAUCGUAACUGUUAGUGGGAGUCUCCCUCAAUCACACGCUCUGUGUUCCCGUGUCCGAGUAAAGAAACACCAACUUCUCAGAAGAUUUGGUUGGUUCUUUAGAGUGUAGAGAAUGAAGGGGGAUUAGAAGUUUUGUGUAGUUGUGGAUGACACUGCUUUUUGGUGUUUUUUCUUAAUGAAUGACACUGCAUUUGUCAUAAUUCUUAGUGCAAUAUGAAAUGAUUGUCAUUCAAA